AUGAAGACACUUGUCCUCCUCUCUGCCCUUGUCCUGCUGGUCUUUCUGACCCAGGUUUAUUCUUUCCCAGAAGCUACUGAAGGGGAUAAAAAUGAAGAGCAGCCAGGAGUAGAAGACCAGGAUGUGUCUAUCUCCUUUGGAGGCCCAGAAGGCUCUGCUCUUCAAGAUGCAGCCGCAAGAAAGGUGACAUGCCACUGCAGAAAAAAUGGUUGCAAACGUUCUGAACAAGUCUCUGGGUUCUGCAACAAAGGUCCAGUACGAUACGUAUUCUGCUGCCGCUGA